UCCUGUGUGAGGGAGCAGGCAGCAGCUGUAGUGUGAAGUGUAGUUUAUUAUUGGGAUUCGAUCAAAUCCAUCAUGUAUUAUAAAGUAAGUGGCUUGACUGGAAAACUGACUGGAUCUACACCAGCCAGCGCUUACUGUCCUCAGGGACUAAAACCUACUGUGCCCUCACAACCACCCACUAUGAUCUUUGCUUCACCCACAAAGCUGUUGUCAGAAUCAGGUUCUACAGCAGAGUAUUUGGGAUCUAACAAGGUCCCUGAACUUCAGAAGAUAUUCCAGAAAGCUGAUGGAGUGCCCAUUCAUCUGAAGCGUGGUGUCAUUGACCGCCUGCUGUACAGAACUACAAUGGGUCUGACUGUUGGAGGAACCCUGUACUGCUUAGUGGCGCUGUACUUUGCUGCUCAGCCCAAAAAAGUCGAGUGACCUCAGUCCUCUUUCCUCUGGAGUUGUCAGGUUAUAAUUCUGAGUUGGGGCCAAUGGACCAGUGCCACUCCACUCCCAAAAACAGCAGCAAUGACCCUGUAAUGUUCCAAACCUAGCUAUAACUUAUAAUCAUCUCAAGACUUCUUGCAAGUACAUCUUUUAAAAAUCUGGUCAGGUAAAGGUUACGGUGCCGUCGUUUUUAGGUUUGGUUAAAUCUGUGCUUUGGAGUUGGGGGUGUAAAGACAAGCUGUGACUAAACUAAACCUGUGGACACUUGAUUUUCCUUUUUCUUCAUAAUAUACAUGGAACUAAAACUUCCAGCAGUUUGUACAUUUUAGGAAGAUUUAUUCUUGGUUUCUUGUGUGCAGUUAUGCUUAAUAACUCAUAUAACAAAUUUUCGGAAGAUCCUGUUUUCAAACACCAUUUUCAUGGUCAUUAAUCUGUAAUUACAUGUUUGACUGUGAAUGAUGUUCUUGUAAAUUUUCUUGAGAGAAUAAAUAUAUUUUGUUUGU